UCUCCGCUGGGGCGACAAAUCAGAACUACUUUCGAUGCCAGUAUCAGUGGCCGAACGAGUAUAAAAGAGCAGAGGCCUCCAGAGGAAGACACACUUGGUGCUCCACCAGACUUCUGCAUACUCCCCGACGCCGUCCAUCCUCAACUAGCCAACAUGAACGCCGUGUUCGCCGUGGUGAUCCUGGGCGCGGUGGCCGCCGCCAGCGCCGCCACUGUGCCAGCGGUGCCCGCCGGCACUAGCGCCAUCCAGCCGCAGCAGCAGUACCAGGCCGUGGUGCAGUCGCAGCCCCAGCAGGUGGUGGGCGGCCGCGUCGUACCCGCAGUCUACCAGGGCGUCGUCAGCCCGCACGUCUACUCCUCCGGAAUCGUACCCAGCGUCUACACCCCUGGAGUCUACUCCGGCGUCUACCCGAGUGCCGUCGUUCCCUCUGUGGGCGGAGCCUACCCGUACUACGCAACCGUCUGAGCUCCCACAUGGCCCGUCAGCUGAUCAGUUCUACGACGUCUUCUGCAGUUAUGUGUCUCUGAAGGGACGUGUCCAGUUUGCGUGAAUAAAUUUGUGUCUAUGCCAUCAUAA